AUGACGCGCGUACCUAGGUACGAGGAGAGGGGGGGGCGACCGACUCGGAACUCAAAACGGCGUCAAAAUAUUGCGACACACAAACCCAUCAAGAACAAACAAACAGACAAAUACGAUGCCAUAGACAACAUCAUACAACUAUACGGCAUCCAAGGUGAUGGAUUACAUGAAUUAUUCCUGAAAAAUAAAACGGAAUUCGCCGAAGCAGUUGUUGGCCGGUUCUACAGGCGUGACCGCACUAGGGAAAUAAUCGCCGAUGUUGAACGCUCACAGUUGCUGGAUAUAAAACUACUAUUAGCCAACGGUGAACAAUGCAACAUCAAUGAUGACAUAGACAAUUCAUUAACGCUGGAGCAUACUGCCCAGUCACCAGAGAAUAAUACAGAAGGCGAUACUUUGAAACGCCAUGCUCACCUCACAAAUGCGGAUGAUAUUCAAAAUCUGAUUGAUAAGGGUACGGGAAUUACAGGCAGUGCCUCGAUCCCAAUAGUUCAACCCAUAAAAAUCCAGACACCUCAAGUGGACUCUACUCUAACGACUGUAUUAAAUGGUGCAACCGACAUUCACAAUGAUGCGGUAACUGAAGCGGAUAUUCAGUCGUAUAGAAGCGUAGAAUCUGCAAUUUGCUUAGAUCUCUCACUUUUCAGCUCGGACAAUGAAGACAAUGCACAAAAAGAAGGCGAAUCCUUCUUCUUGGAUUUUAGUGAGGACGAUAAGGAACAGGAUACUGUGGAUGAUUUAGAAACGGCGCACGAUGGUACAUCGAAUGCUCCGUACACAGCUGGGGGUAACAACGGCCAACAUGACACUCCGCUACACUCUACAAUCGAUCCUCCUAAAGAGGAGGAAUCCUAUGUGGAAGAAAGAAAAGGUGAAGUUCCAAUUGAAGCAUCUGUCAAUAUAGAAAGCUUCGCGAAGGAGUUUCAUGAUGACGAUUCAAAUAUCGAGUCUAUACACAGUAGCAGUAUUCUGGAUGACCAAAAAAGCAACACUCACGAUGAUGCCACCGAAUUCGGCUCCAUUAAGAGGAAUGUACAUAGUCGCAUUGUAUGCGAUGAACGUAAGCCAUACUCUGAAACUGAGCCUGAAAGUACCAGCGAAUGCAAGGAAAACCCUGAAACUGUUGUAUGGGUCAUCGACGAACCUUCAGUCCCCGACGUUGAAGAAGGACAACAAGAUGAAAUGGAAUCUCUACAGGAUCAUUCUGUCACCACAUGUGUAGAAGAAACACUCCAGCAUGACACGGAUAACAUGGCACCUGAGGAGGUGAUGGAGGAUCCAGCAUUUUCGGAUGUAAACAAUGUUAUGGAAACGCAAGAGCACUAUUCUUCUGAAAAUGACGAAACGAAAGAAAUUUUUACCCAACAGGAAAUUGGUGACAAACAAGGAGAUCAAAACAUGUUGGUCGAUCGAUCAAUCGACUCUCCAAUAGAUAUUCAAGAUUUUCAAAGUAUUAACACAGACAUUGUGGAGAUGGAUACUGGGGACAAACACGAAAUACCAGAAAAUGACACAAACAUAAAUGAAGUUUUUAACGAUAUCAUACAAGACGAUAUACAAAUAGACACAUGUGAAGUCACGAAAGAUGACUCGGAAAAUGAUAUGUCAACAGAUACUGCAGCCGAAGAUACAGCAGGGAUAUCAAAAAAAUGGGUUCAGGAUAGUGCAGGAGGAUUGACUCGUUUCCAUAGUAUUCAAAGCGAACCAGAGGACAUGGUCGUAUACCAUGAAAUUCCUCCAACCAUACCAAGUAAGAUUGAAACUAUUUCAGAGAUGGUAUUGAACGAAAAUGCAUUCAAGUCAAAUCAACACGUAAUACCAGAUCUACUGCACAUGGUUGAUCUGAAACAGUUAGAACAAUGUAGGCAGGAUGUCGAGACCGCCAUGCGCUCAGCAAACUCUUCAGGUGACUAUAACAGUGCUCAGCUAGCGUUUGUAUUGUUACUCUUCCUUGAGAUGCGAAAACCAGACCCAACAACACUGUCUUUGUUCGUGCAGCUUAUGACACGGCUACUGACAUCUAUUAACGAAGAUAAUUGGGAUAUCGCAGGAACCACAGUGUUUCAAAUGCUACUUGACGCCACUGCACCGUUGAUUUCAAAAGAGUUGCCUUUCGAAGUGGCACGAGCAUUAAUGGAUGCAUCCGUGGAACUCAGCUUCAGAUUGCGUGGUAAACUUUUGCCCUUGGGUGCGCCGGCGAGAAGUCUAUUGGCAUCGGCAGCGAACCGAUGCAAUACUCUGGAGGAAUACCAGGUUGUAGUCAAAAUGGUAAACACGAGGGUGGAUGCAGUUGCUGAACAUACGCCGCAUAUAACGUUCCUCUUGUUGCGACUGUUCGAACUCAUGCUUUCAAGCGCUCACAUGAAACGUGCGUUCCACGACUGUCGUUCCGCCUUAUACACCCUUGUUGAUACUGCAUUGUUGACCAAUUUUAACUUCCUCAAAUCACUCGUCGAUAGCUUCAUCCAAACUCCACACAAUGUGGUAGCCCACUUUGCAGUGCUUUUCAUCGCACAAAUGAUGAUAGAACGAAUCAGAGAAACAAAGACCGCGGUACUUGACAAGCGUAGAUGUUUACGUAUACUUCAGACAAUUGCACAAUCUGUAUUUUCCAUACUUAAUGAUGUGGAUGACAGGUGUGGCUUUUUACACGAGUACGUCGAAUGCUUCAAGACGAAUUCCAGUUCUAUUUUCAAAAUAGAUAUAUUCGACCUCAAGCUGCUCGAAGGAUGUGGGAACCCCGAAAAUUACUCGAUUCACCAGGAUUUCGACGUACAUUUGUUGCGUGAAACCGCUAAUAGGUACAUGUCACAUCUAGGAGUUUCAUCACUGCAAAAUGCUAGAGUAUGUGACCUGGUACUCCUGCUGUCACUGAAGUAUGUUGCCAGGACACACACAAUAGGUGCUCUAACAAAGGCUUCCAUGAAACGUCAGUUGGACCAUACUUCAGAUCAUGAUGCCAAAGAACACGAGGCUACGGGGCAAAAGAAGUCGAAAUCCAGUAGUAUUGGUUCUGAAGUAUUGCAACCGGUGAAUGCAGAUACAUCAAAAACCCGUAAACGUUCCAAACGGGACAAGGAAAUGACAUGUGAUGUGGAAGAAGGUUCUGACGAUGGAGUGGAUGUGUCUGAUAUCGAUUUUUUUUCGGAUGAAGGAGAUGAUGACCACACGAGGUGUUAUCCAAGCGGCCGAACAAACAUAAGUAGUAGAAGUCAUGUUAGUGCCGGUGAUGGACCGCUGGAAACGGAGGGUACGCAUGACUGCGUAAAGGUCUCAACAGAUCAUAUGUGGGCUGACAAUAAUGAAGAUCAUGUAUUGCGUUAUGCUCGUAUAGUAUGGCGCCUGUUCACUGCCACAUCCGGACAGCAACAGGAUGGAACACUAGACCCACAGCUGGCUCAGUAUCUUGUGCUAAGCAGAGCACAGCUGGCGCAUCUUGAGGAUUAUUCCGAGGCGGAACUUUGUUUCAAACUGAUACUGUACCACAUAUAUAACGAGUUGUUCCUGGGAUUGUGGAGAACAAUGACCAAUAUACUAUACAGUGUCAACGAAUACAGCCAAUUGAACUCAGCGAGCGCCUUUGUGUAUAUGGCAGUGACACAACGUGCAGAUUACUUGCGUUACCAUGUAGUACGCAAACUAUUGGUAGCAUGUAUGGGAGACGGUUGUUAUAUUGUAAGACUUACAGCCGCACGGCUUUUGGCGAAUGUAUUCAGUCGUUUGGCACCAGAUGACCUAGCGGUGGACCAGCUACUUGAUAAACUCUUAUUGUCAUUGCGCGAUGUCAACUGGAAAGUGAGACUAUCAGCCAACACAGCAGUAUUCCACUACGUGCGGCAACGAGGUAUCGAUAUGAACACUAUGCCAGCAAUAUCGACGGUAGCUGAACGUAGUUGUGACAUUGACAAGGAGCAUCCACAAGUACGAGAAGUUGUUUUAAGCACCCUGUCCUACAGCUUGUUUUCGAAGUCACACCCAUUCAUAAACAAAUCUGGAGGAAUCUGCGACCAAACUGUAGCCCUAGCUGAACGGUUUGUAAAGGUAAUCUUAUACAAGAUGAGUGCUUUUAAGGCACGUGAGAACUGCGUUGAACGAGUUCUGGAUUAUUACAAAGCUAACUUCAAAAAAAUAGAAGUAGCUUCAAAUUCUACCUUCCAGCAAUCGCCCCCCAAGGAGGAACUCCGGGUAGCGGUGGAUACACAUAUUAAGGUGGCCCUGGAGAAGUGGAUGAACAUAUUAUUGGAUUUGUUUUUGAUGCGACGUAGCGAAGGCUCAUCUUUCCAUGUGCUUGCAGAGGUGCUGUGCGUCCUGAAGCUUUUUGGACAGGUCAAUCCCGAACUAUUUGCGUCACACUUGACAUAUUUUUUGCCAUACCUCAGAUGUGAUGUAGAUGAAAGUUUUGAUUCUAGCCGUGUAGACCUGGUGGUUCUAGUUUGCAACCUUGUUUCUAUCGCUUCAGGGUAUUCAAAAGAUCUACAGAAAGUAGAACACCACGUUGUACAGCUUGUUUCAUUCGAUGCUCCUGCGCUCACUCGAGCUGCAAUUCAAUUAUUGGUAAAAUUGGAUUCAAGAAAUCACGUGGCAGCCAUAUUCCAGGAGGCAUUCGAUUAUCUAUCUCAGCUCCGAUCAAUACUCGCCACCGGUGGUAGGUCUCCCGAGGAGAUCGUUAAGGUUAUGUCAUAUAAUGUGUUGUUACGCAGCGCAUGGAAGCUAGGCUGUGUUGCCGAAUUUGCAAACCUAGCUAAUCUACAAGAUGGUGAGAACAAUACAACGCAAGAAGUACUUGACCUGCUCCUUAACAUGUCGGAGAUUUUUUACGAUGCUGGGCUAUUCAACGUAGCAGGGAUGUUAGUGCAAUCUGUCGCCCGCAUCUUCGUGAGCUUGAAGAAUGUUAUUAAUUUGGACAUCAAAAGUAUUAGGUGCUUGGUGCGAAUGUUCGGUGAGGAUGCUAUGGUGGUUUGCAGUAUGAUGGUACUCUACCAACUGCUCACUACAUAUUCGAGACUGGUUACACCAUCAGAUGCUGAUCUUGCAGUGGCAAGUCAGCAACGCUUACGAAGCGUCCAUAACGAAGUGUUUUGUUGCCUAGGAAGCUUUGUUGAGGUCUUUGUAGCCGUCAUAGCACCAGGCAAAGACCUGUGUCAUACACCUGUAAUGGGAACUGCAGACUUAGUUAUGACAUUGGAGAUAUGCAACAUGGUCAUAGCAAACAGGCUGACGAAUCCCGAACCUAUGGAACCUUUUCUAUUUUGUCAGGUGGUCUCUCAGGAACCCAAUGCGCAGCGUCUCGCUGAACAAGCACUGAAGACCCUUGCGCGAAACGACACCGAGAUUUUCUUAUCGAAGUUGGGAUCCUCACUGCAGCUGGUAUUGUUGUCAGUGGUUAUGUCGUCGUUCGCGAACAGCGUGGCCCAAAAUAAAGAGUCUAACGUGGAAGUAGAACCGGUAACACCGUGUUCCGCUGGAGAUGCUACACCAUCACAUUGCAAAGGCCGUGAUGCACUGAAUCGAGAGUUUAUUCUGGGCUACGGCUCGGAACUCACAACAGCAAGGGUCCGUGGCAUUGUGAGAUUGUUUCUCGAAGCCGUUACCGCACCCAAACACUCGAAGAAGCUACUGUCAGCUGUAGUUGCGCAGUUAUCAGUAUGCCUUACACAAGAAUUCCGUGAAACCAUGGAGGAAAGGGUGAUGCGAGAUGAUAUGGAUACAAAAGCACUUCAGGAUAUACGGCCUUUCGGUGGGUCACGUUUGUCAAGGCUACUGGGCAAACAUCUUGGUCGUGCGAGGAAAGGUGAUACCAAGGGUUUGGUUGAUUACUUUACGCUGCUAUUUGUGGACAUGCUGGCGACUGUACUGGACCACUUAACCUUUAGUAGCCCUGGUGUUGCCCGUUUCCUAAUUAAGCGGAUUGGGGAAACGAUUAAGGACGCUAACGGCGAAGCCGCAGAGGAUGUGCGUCGCUACCGGGAUUCACGCCUCAAUGCACUCUCUAGUCAUAAAAUGGCGGAAGCAACUGAAACUGGUACUUCGGAGCACAUUCAAAUCAAGGUCAGAUCACCGGAUGGAUCGGAAGUAUACUUUAAGAUUAAGAAGAAAACAAAACUAGAGAAACUUAUGAGUACUUACUGCACUAGACUUGGACAAUCACCUGACGCUGUACGGUUCUUAUUCGAUGGAGACCGUAUAAAAGGUGACGCUACCCCGGAGGAUCUCGGUAUUGAACACGGGGACAUCAUUGAUGCCAUGGUGCAGCAAACUGGCGGUGCGAAAUCCUUCAUGUAA